AUUAAUGAAUUUUCUUAUUGUGGCACAGAAUAAUGAGCUGUAUUUUAUUUUUUAUUUAUGCAAAAACCUGAGGGUGCCUACUAAAGUGUGUAUCCCAUCCGUAUAUGUACUGAAAUAGAACAUAUUUAGUCUUGUUGCUCUUGGUCUAACAUCUGGUAAUUAGCUAGAAAAAGAUGGGAAAGUUGAUCACCUGGUUAUUAGCUGCUGCUUGACAUUGUACACUGAAUACUAGGUGAUGUAUUUUGUCCAGAAAAAGUUGUGCCACUUCUAAUAGGGAGUGUGGAUGUUGGGCAUUGAUACUUGCUUCAUUGUGUCAAUUUUAUCUAAGGCUAGGUGAUAAAUUUGAUCAAUUGCUGUAUAUUGCUCAGGCCCAUUUUUGUGGGAAUGAAAAAGAAAAAGUAGCUUAUCUAGUUCAAAAUGCGUAAAAUUUUCUUCUUGUCUUCCCGCCCUGGUUCAAAAUUUGGAGCAGUAAACAGUUAAAUGACAUUUUGUUCUUCCCACCUGUAUUGUUGCAGCCAAACACUGCUCUGUAAAUCAACAUUAUUUGACGUUGGCUAUUUGUCCAAUUUCUCUAUUCACACAUGCUCAAAGUACUGGAACACAAAAUGUGUCAAAAUCAAACAUGGUGGCCGUGUCCAGAGGUGCGUGUUGUCAUUGAACAACGAUCUAUAUUACUCAUUUUUUUUGGAGUAAUGCACCAAAAUGAAAAUUCUUGACCGAAGCUGAAAAUGAGGAACUCAAGGCCGAAAACCGAAAGACAGAACGCCAAAACAAAUUACUACAAUUAUUAGUAAAAUUGCAUUUAUGGCUGUGACUGCAGAGCUGCCAACCUAUGGAAAUUCAGUUCGAGAACAAGGUUUCUGAAUUUCCAUCUAUCCAUCCAUCCAUUUUCUGAGCCGCUUGUCCUCACAAGAGUCGCGGGAGUGCUGGAGCCUCUCCCAGCUAUCAUCGGGCAGGAGGCGGGGUUCACCCUGAACUGGUUACCAGCCAAUCGCAGGGCACAUAUAAACGAACAACCAGUCGCACUCACAUUCACACCUACGGGCAAUUUAGAGCCUUCAAUUAACCUACCAUGCAUGUUUUUGCGAUGUGGGAGGAAACCAGAGUGCCCGGAGAAAACCCACGCAGGCACGGCGAGAACAUGCAAACUCCACACAGGCGGGGCCGGGGAUUGAACCCCGGCCCUCAGAACUGUGAGGCAGACGCUCUAACCAGUCGUCCACCGUGCCGUUGUUUCUGAAUCUCCAUAUUUUUAAAAUUAUCUCAAGAACAUUACUGUGGGAGAGUUAUUGCAGUAUAUUAUGUACUGCAAUUUCUUGUGUAUACUGCGCACUCAUGUAUAAUACGCAACCCCAAAGUUGACCUCAAAAUUCUGGAAAACCCUUCUCCCUAUGUAUAAUGCAUUUUUACAAUGCAAGAUUUUGCUUCUACCCAUAUUUCAAACUUGUGCACUGUUAGAUUUUUCUACGUUCAUUGCACUGUUAUUGUGCUUGUAUUUUUCUUGAUUUAUUUUGUUGCUUUAUUGACUUCGUAUGCUAAUAUCAAGUUGGGGUUACUGUUUUAAAUUGACUAUGAGGAGUGUUGUUAACAAAAGGCGUUAAUAAAAUGUUGAACUACACUCAAACUUCUUUAGUUUUCAGUACAGGUGCUUUAAAACCAGCUAUUUAAAAAAGUUUUUAAAAAUCGUGGUAAUGAUCGAGAUCGGACGGAACACUGCUCUGGUUCUAAUCGGGAUAAUAAUAGUGAUCUUUAUUUAUUUAUUAAUUUUUUUUGCCAGAUUGCCCAGCCCUACGCGAAAGUCAGUGUCCAGCAUUUCUUUGGUAGUUUACAAUGUCUUCUCAAGUUUAUUCAUUAAUCUUCCGUACCGCUUAUCCUCACUAGUGUCCCGGGCGUGCUGGAGCCUAUCCCAGCUGACUCUGGGCGAGAGGCGGGGUAUACCCUGAAUUGGUUGCCAGCCAAUCGCAGGGCACAUAUAAACAAACAACCGUUCGCGCUCACGUUGAAACCUAUGGGCAAUUUAGCAAAGCAAAUUUAUUUAUGUAGCGCAUUUCAUACACAAGGUAAUUCAGUGUGCUGUACAUGAUUAAAAGCAUUAAAAAAAAAAAAAAAGCUUAUAAACAUUUAAAACAAAGAAAAAAACUAAAAGUACAAUUAAAACAGCGUACAGUGCAAGAAAUACCAUUUAAAAGUGGAAAUGUUCUAAAAAGCAUGAGGAAAAAAAUAAAUAAUUUCAAACCUGAACUUAAAAACAUUCAUACUUGGGGCUGGCGUCACUUCUGUUGGGAACUUAUUCCAUUCGUGUGCAGCAUAAUCGCUAAAUGCUGCUUCACCAUGUUUGCUUUGGACUCUGUGCUCCACUAUUUGACCUGAGUCUGUCGAUCUCAGAGCCCUACUGGGUUUAUAUUCCAUUUAGUGAUUUAUAGACCAGUAGCAGAACUUUAACAUUUAUUCUAAAGCUGACUGGAAGCCAGUGGAAAGACUUUAGAACUGGAGUAAUAUGCUCUGACCUCUUUGUUCUGGUCAGAACCUGAGCUGCAGGAUUCUGAAUGAGCUGCAGUUGUUUAAUGCUCUUUUUGGGCAGUCCAGUCAGAAGACCAUUACAAUAGUCAAGUCUACUUGAGAUAGAAGCAUGGAUGAGCUUCUCCUGGUCUGCUUGACACAUGCAAGCCUUCCCUCUGGAUAUGCUCUUCAGAUGGUCGAAGGCAGUUUUAGUAAUUGAUUUGAUAUGAGUGUUGAAAGUCAGGUCAGAAUCUAUCAAAACACCAAGGUUUCGGACCUGGUCUUCGGUUUUUAAAGAGAGUGACUCUAGGUAUUUACUAACAGCAAUCCUCUUUUAUUUAUUGACAAAAACAAUUAUCUCAGUUGUGGUUUAAUUGAAGAAAAGUUUGGCUCAUCCAGUUAUUUAUCUGUUUUAGACAGUGACACAACAUCUCAAUUGAACUGUAGUCAUCUGGAGACACUGCUAGAUAUAACUGUGUGUCAUCUGCAUAGCUAUGAUAGUCAAAAUUAAAGCUCUGAAGAAUUUGACCCAAGGGUAGCAUAUACAGGCAGAACUGGAGGGCUCCAAGAACUGACCCUUGAGGGACCCCAUAGCUCAUUGCCAUUCGAUGAGAUGCAACACUUCCAAUGGUUACAAAAUAUCUAAUUUCUUCCAGGUAGGACCUGAACCAUUUAAGGACUGUUCCAUUUAGUCCUACCCAUGUUUCCAACCUGUUUAGCAGUAUAUUAUGAUCUACUGUAUCAAAAGCCACACUGAGAUCCAACAAGACCAGAAUUUACACCUUUCCCGAGUCAGUAUUCGACCUUAUAUCAUUUAGCACUUUGAUAAGAGCAGAUUCUGUACUGUGAUGAGUUCGGAAACCUGAUUGAAAUUUGUCAAAAAGUCCAUUUCAGUUCAAGAAAUUGCUGAGUUGAUUAAAACAAUCUUGGCUAUGAAAGGGAGAUUUGAGAUGGGUCUACAGCUUGCUAACAUGGAAGCGCAUUUAUCUGCUGUUAGGAGUUCUUCUUAUAGAGUCUUCAAUUAACCUACCAUGAAUGUUUUUGGAAUGUGGGAGGAAACCGGAGUACUUGGAUAAAACCCACGCAGGAACGGGUAGAACAUGCAAAUUCCACACACGCGAGGCCAGAUUUGAACCCGGGUUCUCAGAACUGUGAGGCAGACGUGCUAAUCAGUAACCCACCUUGACCUUCUCAAUUCAGUACGAUCUAAUCCAACAACACAUAGGCACACACACACACACACACACACACAUACACAAUAUUUAGUGUUCAUGACACAGACAGUAAGUGUAAUGAUGUGUGAUGGGUCUUUUUGCAAGGAAGAGACACUGACAGAUAAAUGGAUGUCAAUUUUUGAUUAUUUAUUAUUCAGUACUUAAAGAUUUGCUUCAUUAAGAAGCAGGUCCCUUCAGGCUGCAGAACUGCUCCAAAUCUAUGUUCAUCUGUAGAUGUCUUUUACCCCCCAUCAGCUCAGAAUGCUGCGGGCCCCACAGGCAUGAUUUCUGGUUUUCUGUUGCAUGUCUUUGCUGCAAUGUCUUCAGGUCGUUUUUUUCACCAUCCUGGGCUAUAGUUGCAGGUUGGAAAAAAAAUCAGCAACAAAGAAAAUCAUUAUAAUUAUGUCCAAAUUUGAUUUCAGCACUUAAGAACAUGGAACAUCCUGAAUAAGGUUAUAUAGGUGACUUAAGAUUGUCUGGCGUUUGAGGUGCUUGGUCAGGGAAUGCUUGGUUCAUGUUAUUUAUUUAUAAUUUAUGUCAAAAGGGGAAGGACCUUGGUUGUGCCAGCCCACACUGAUGUAGGUCGGGGGGCGCCAACGAGGGGUCUCGUACAGGUUGCCAUUCAAUCUAGUACCGCCCCUAACUUGCAGCAUGGGACCGCAUGAUUAGCUGAUUUGGCGCCGUUCUCAAGGGCAGCAGUCCCCAAUCUUUUUCGUACCACGGUCCGGUUUCACGUAGACAUAUUUUGAUGGAGGGCCGUAAGCACUGUGCAGCGAGACUGAGACGCCCAUGAAGCCAGCCGCCUUGUUGGUGGCCCCUGCACACACUCAGCCACUGUUGCUGCCCACAAGUCUCGCCGUUUGCGGGGAACUUUCUUGUGCGCUACAGGCUCACAGCUGAGCUCCACUAAACUGAGAAAGGAACAUAUCAGUUCAUGAAGUGAUUCCACUCUGUACGUUCACUCAAAAGAUUUGUUCGUUUGAAUGAGUCGUUUGUGAAUGACAACACUGCUCAAGCCCAGUCUGCUGCUGUGCUCCUGCCCUCCCAAAAAGCAAAUCAUACCUAACAAUUACUCUGAUUUUGCCGUAAUGAGUACUGUUUUAAAUAACCCAUGCUGGGUUACGGGUGCAUAGGUAAAAAAUAGUUUUUCAUAGGGUUGGGUGAUUAUGAUUCAACAUGAUGGGAAUGUGCAUGACAACAGCCAAUCAGUCAUCCUUUUCCUGCUCCAUUUCCAUUUGGAAGUUGCGGUAAUAAACAGAAACUGCACCCCCUCGGCUGGCCCGCCCUGUAGCAAGAUUGAGAUGCCAACUCACCCAUCCUCCCACAAAGCCUGCCGUUCUCGGCCCGGCGACAGAGGCAUGGAGUCGCCCGCUCCGCAAGUACGCAACGCUCGUUGUGUGGUGGCGUCUCCUAAGUGAUAUGGAGCAAUGUUAUUAAUUAGCCGAUGUGCAAGGUAUGUCGGCGCCCUCAAAAACGGGCAACACUGUGUUUAUUCAUUUGAAGAAGUAACACCACCCAAGUGAUUAUUUGGAAAGCAAAAAAAAAUUUUGCGCAGUGAAACAAAGCCUGUCACUCACUGCACAACACAUGUAACAGCAGUUAGUAACUGUUAGCGGUGAGGCCACGAUACCAAACAAUCAAUCGUGUCAUCAUUAUUUAGGUGGUUUGUAAAAUGGCAAAACUAGUUAAUCUGUAUUGUUAUUAAAGAUAAUGCACAUUUGACUGUAGCAAUAAUGUUAACAGGGUAUGUAGCAUCCAUAACUGCAAAAUUUGAAUGUUUACAAUCCAAGGAGUCUUCAUUAUCCCCGAAGGGGCAGUUUCUUUAUUUUGUAUCUUGUCUACCUCCAAAAAUACUCAGGACUUCAAACUAGUGCACUGUUGUGUUAUAUUUUUCUACAUUCGUUGCACUGUUGAGUGAAAAUAGUUUGUUUUUCUAUACUUUAUUUGCCUUAUUUGCUUAGUAUGCUAAUAUGAUUUUGGGGUGACAGUUAAAAAAAAAAAAAAGGCGUUAUUUAAAAAAAAAAAAAAGGCGUUAAGAUUUCGAACUACUCUCUAGCUUUUUUAGUUUUCAGUACAGAUUCUUUAAAGCUAGAUAUUUAAAAAAAAAUUAAAAACAAUAUUAAAAAAUCAUAAGAUCAAACAAUAUGAAAAAAAUCUUUAUUUAUUUUUAUUUUUGAAUUAUUUUUUGCCACAUCGCCCAGCCAUAAUGUCACACUAUGCCAUAAUGUCACAUCAUAAUUUAUUUCAGAAAUAGAACAAGACAAUAGCUUAUAGUUGUUUAUUAUUUCUGUACUGGACGCUGGAGUUAAGGAUCACCCCAAUUUUCAUUAUUGGAAGUAUUCAUAUUUGAACGCAAAAUAGUUGGUCUUGUAAAAGGUUAAUCAGAACAUAACACAUAACUGCAAAGAUAUUGAUGUUAUGCUAAUGGUCAACAUGAAUAUACUUGUUGGUUUAUUGAUGACUUUUGCAGUAGUAUUUUGGGUGAUAGUCGCCCUAUGAUUGUGGCAGAAAUGUGAGCCGCAUUUUAACCUGCCUAAAUGCUAAAAUUCAUUUAUCGGGUGAGCCGCAUUUUAACCUGCCUAAAUGCUAAAAUUCAUUUAUCGGCGGGGCGCUUUGCCCACCGGGACUUUCUUCUGACCCUGGCUACUAGGUUUUUCUGGUUUCAAAAUUUGGAAGGUAUGGUAACUGCGCACAAAUACAAUCAAUUCUGGUGCGUGUUUAACGUUUUCAGUGCGCAUGCGCACCACUUAUGUGGACCUGGAUAUUACAGUAUAUCGUUUAUAUCGUUUUUCUUGUUGUUUUUUUUUUUUUUUUUAGUUUAUGGAGUGUGGACAUACAUUAAUCAGUAUCAAAAGACAUGAGAUAGCCAAAAACUAUUUUCUAUUUGUAGUCUUAUCUAUUUUUAGAUUUACCUCGUCGCUACUGAGGGAAUCCUGUAGUUUCUUUUGCUCUGCAAAGUAAUACACUUGCACUGAUCGGGAUUUCUUUUUUUUUAAUUCACUUAAUUUACGGCUCAAUAUUAAAGAGCCCAACAUAGCAUCCCUCUAUCUACAUUAUUAGGCUACUUGUAAACAGUAUCCAUCCAAACAACUAUACCUGUAUUAUUCUCUCUUAUCUACAUCUCUUAACUACGUACAGUACUUCUCAGAGGUGUGGACUCGAUUCACAUGACUUGGACUAGAGACGGACUCGAGUCCUAAAUUUGAUGACUUUUGACUUGACAAUAUGUUAAAAGACUUGCAACUCGACUUGGACUUGAACAGCAGCAAUUCGUGACUUAACUUGGAUUUGAACCCGUUGACUUGAAAAAGACUUGCUACUUUCACCUACAGUAGCACUGAAAAACCAACACUUCGUAGCUUGGCAGGGUCACCAAUGGCAAACAGAUCCUAGGUGAGGCACCAGACAAGCAUGGCUCCAAAGACCCCUAUGAUGUUUGAAAACACAGGAAAAAUGUUUCCUUCCCUGGAGGCGGGUCAGUGGGCUCGAAGGCCAGUGCCUGGUGGCCGGGCCUCCACCCAUGGGCCCCAGCUGGGCACAGCCCAAAAGGGUAACGUGGGUCCCCCUUCCCACGGGCUCACCGCCUGUGGGAAGGGGUGAAGGGGUCGGGUGCAGUGUGAGCUGGGCGGUGGCCGAUCGCCGGCUACAGAAGCUGGCUCUAGGGAUGUGUAACAUCACCUCUCUGGCAGAGGAGGAUCCCGAUGGUGUGUGAGGUCGAGAAGUUCCGACUUGCCUCCACACACGGCUUGGGCUCUGGUACAAUUCUUCAUGAGAGGGGUUGGACUCUCUUCCAGUUUGGAGUUGGUCACGGUGAGGCAAGAAAAAUAUUCCUGCGACCGACAGGAAUGGCGCCUUAGAUCAUGCAGGGAAUAAAGGAUGACGCUCCGAGCCGAUCGCUUUGUUCCAAAGCUAUUGCGCAAAAUGCCGGCCCAUACAUAUGGCGAGAUGCUCUCGGCCGCUUGCUGGCUGAUCGUCUGCCGACUAGGAUUUGAGUAAAUGGGAUCCGGAAUCGUCAGAUAGUGAACUCCCUUUUGGAUAGCCAGGCGAGCUUCCUCCGAUGAAGAUCGACGAAGUCCGGCAAAGACAAAGGAAUUCGACACCCGCGAGUCGAGCGUCUUUUAGAACUGCGACGAAGAAAAGUUAUGCAUCCAGCAGACGUUCGACUCCCAUUCCAGUACGCAGUGCAGACAAAAAAAGGAAUUCAACACCCGCGAGUCGAACGUCCUUUACGAUUGCGACGAAGAAAAUACUGCAGCACAAUGAAUGAACAACGCAUGAAUGGACAGCUUCCCGAGCCUCUUCAGAUAUUUCCACGAGCCGGCAAGACUCCGGGGAUCCGGAACAUACAUGGCCUGAAGGUAAAUACGAGACCUAACCCAGCCAAUGACUGUACAACUGGUGUCACCGACACUAUGGCCAACAACAGCUUAAAGAAAUCAUCUGCUGAGCUGAAGAGGAUCUUGACAACAGGACAGAUAAAUGCCCAAGAUAUCCAAUACCAAGAGCAACUUGGACAAGGAAAUGGAGGCACAGUCUACAAAGCAUAUCAUCUACUCGGCAAGCGUGUUUUAGCUGUCAAGGUAAUUCCUCUUGACAUCACUGUGGAGCUACAGAAGCAGAUAAUGUCAGAAUUAGAAAUUCUCUACAAGUGUGACUCACCGUACAUCAUCACUUUCUUCAGUGCUUUUUUUGUGGAAAACAGGAUAUCCAUAUGCACAGAAUUCAUGGAUGGUGGUUCACUUGACGUGUACAAAAGGAUUCCAGAGCAUGUCCUGGGAAGGAUUGCUGUGGCAGUAGUAAAAGGCCUAACGUACCUGUGGAGCUUAAAGAUACUUCACAGAGAUGUCAAGCCCUCCAAUAUGCUGGUGAACACCCGAGGACAAGUCAAGCUAUGCGACUUUGGUGUCAGCACUCAGUUGGUAAAUUCAAUUGCCAAAACAUAUGUGGGAACAAAUGCAUAUAUGGCGCCAGAACGGAUAUCAGGGGAACAGUAUGGUAUCCAUGCAGAUGUUUGGAGUGUUGGAAUCUCUUUCAUGGAGUUGGCCCUCGGAAUGUUUCCCUAUCCACAGAUUCAGAAAAACCAAGGGUCUUUAAUGCCUCUUCAGUUGCUGCAAUGCAUCGUUGAUGAGGAUCCUCCAGUUCUUCCUGCAGAGCAGUUCAGCGAGACUUUUGUUCACUUCAUCACUCAGUGUAUGAAAAGACUACCAAAAGAGAGACCUGCACCCAAUAACUUAAUGGACCAUUCCUUCAUCGUGCAAUACAAUGAUGGAAAUGCAGAGGUGGUGUCCAUGUGGGUUUGUCGCUGUUUAGAAGCGAGGCGAAUACAGCAGGCUCCAGGUCGUAACUUGCACCUUGAUGGACCAUGAUACUUUGAGCCAAGGCCUGGAUUCAAAGCCAUGUACUGUAUGUUCAUACAGUGGGUAUGGAAAAUAUUCAGAUCCCCUUAAAUUUUUCACUCUUGUUAUAUUGCAGCCAUUUGCUAAAAUCAUUUAAGUAAUUUUUUUUUCCUCAUUAAUGUACACACAGCACCCCAUAUUGACAGGGAAAAAAUGAAUUGUUGAAAUUAUUGCCAAUUUAUUAAAAAGGAAAAACUGAAAUAUCACACACCCAGAAGUAUUCAGAGCCUUUGCUCAGUAUUUAGUAGAAGCACCCUUUUGAGCUAAUACAGCCAUGAGUCUUUUUGGCAAUGAUUUUUCACACCUGGAUUUGGGGAUCCUCUGCCGUUCCUCCUUGCAGAUCCGCUCCAGUUCUGUCAGUUUGGAUGGUGAACGUUGGUGGACAGCCAUUUUCAGGUCUCUCCAGAGAUGCUCAAUUGGGUUUAAGUCAGGGCUCUGGCUGGGCCAUUCAAGAACAGUCAUGGAGUUGUUCUGAAGGCACUCCUUUGUUAUUUUAGCUGUGUGCUUCGGGUCAUUGUCUAGUUGGAAAGUGAACCUUCGGCCCAGUCUGAGGUCCUGAGCACUCUGGAGAAGGUUUUCGUCCAGGAUAUCCCUGUAUGCAUUCAUAUUUCCUUUGAUUGCAACCAGUCACCCUGUCCCUGCAGCUGAAAAACACCCCCACAGCAUGAUGCUGCUACCACCAUGCCUCACUGUUGGGACUGUAUUGGACAGGUGAUGAGCAGUGCCUGGUUUUCUCCACACAUACUGCUUAGAAUUAAGGCCAAAACGUUCUAUCUUGGUCUCAUCAGACCAGACAAUCUUAUUUCUCACCAUCUUGGAGUCCUUCAGGUGUUUUUUUUUUUUUUUUUUAGCAAACUCCAUGCGGCCUUUCAUGUGUCUUGCACUGAGGAGAGGCUUCAUUGGGCCACUCUGCCAUAAAGCAGGUGGAGGACUGCAGUGAUGCUUGUCUUCCUAUAACUUUCUCCCAUCUCCCGACUGCAUUUCUGGAGCUCAGCCACAAUGAUCUUUGGGUUCUUCUUUACCUUUCUCACCAAGGCUCUACUCCCCCGAUUGCUCAGUUUGGCCGGACGGCCAGCUCUAGGAAGGGUUCUGGUCGUCCCGAACGUCUUUCAUUUAAGGAUUAUGGAGGCCACUGUGCUCUUAGGAACCCUAAGUGCAGCAGAAUAUUUUUUGUAACCUUGGCCAGGUCUGUGCCUUGCCGCAAUUCAGUGUCAAGUUCAAUCAGUAUAAUCAAACACAGCUGGACUCCAAUGAAAGUAUCGAACCAUCUCAAGGACGAUCAGAAGAAAUGGACAGCACCCGAGUUAAAUAUGAGUGUCACAGCAAAGGGUCUGAAUACUUAUGGCUUUGUGAUAUUUCAGUUUUUCUUUUUUAAUAAAUCUGUAAAAAAUUCAACAAUUCAUUUUUUUUCUGUCAAUAUGGGGUGCUGUACGCGCAUUGAAAAACGUAUAUGAUUUUAACAAAUGUCUGCAAUAUAACAAAGAGCGAACAUUUUAAGGGGGUCUGAUUACUUUCACUGUAUGUCCUCUGCAAAUGACUCAACAGGCAAGGUUGCCAGUCGCUUGAUGUUUGAGCCUUUGUGCACCACUUUCGUGCAGUGGCCGGAGCUCACAUUCUCUGGACUCAUUCUUAAGCUUUGCAUUCAUUAUGAAGAAGCUGGUCAUCUUCUGCAGUCCAACCGGAUGAGCGAAGAUAAAGAGGUGAUCAGUGACCAUAACAACCUCACCCUUUAACAUCACAAUAUGCUGAGAGUGAUGUUGGUUUUGGCACCCUGCUUGUGAAUGUUAAGGUGUUUUUGCCUUUGACCAACUGCCGCGUGUGUUUCUCUUCCCAGUGGUAUCAUUUAUCACGUCAGCAACCAUCGCUUGUCUCCACAGUGGCAAUAUUUCCUGGAAAAUUAUACCAAUAUAAAAAUAGCUUUAGAAGAAUAUCAGCCCACGGGUGUCCUUGUUGGAGAUAGAAAUCAGUUUGCUCAACUUUUUCAGCUCUUGACCCAAGUUGGAAAUUUGCAACCUCCUCGGGAGAAACUUCCAAAGUAUAGAACCUACAGUAUUUACCUGUAACAACUCAACAGACUUGAAUUUGUCACAGCAGUACAAAUCCAGAUCCCCUUUGCCAGGAAUAGAAAGAGAGAAAUUCUUGCUUGACAAUCAAUAAAUAGAUUUUUACUCUGACAAUCGUCGGCGCAGUAGAAACUUGGCAAUCUUCUACUGCUCCGAUCCUGAUCUCGAGCCUCAAUUUCAGAGAAAGCCGUACUCAGUGUUAAAAUACAGGGUUUGCUUUUGUUUGACCAGCUUCUACGUAUUCUUAAAAUAUACAAAGACUUGCUAGAAAUAAUAUACCAUUAAAAGAAAUACUGAAAAUGAAAGGCCAAUCUCUGCAGCUGCUUUGCUUUUUGCUUUUGCUGAACACAUGCAGGCCUGAAUUAAAAAAAAAACAACAACAUUCCCCUCCCUUACAAACCAUCCAUUGUUUCGUUCAAGAGACUGUUUUGACCUCCUGUGAUGCAUCAUCCACUAUCUAGAAAUAAAGUUGGAAAUUGAUCAUGCA